AAAGAGAGGAGAAAUAUACACCACUUUUCUCUCUACUUUGAACCUUAAGCUUGUGGAUAAGGAUGAUGAAGUUUUGCUACUUGCUAAUUCUGUUGCUAAAUGUGGCAGUGACUGUCUUUUGUGCUGAUAAAUAUAGCAGGAAGGACUUUCCUCCUGGCUUUGUUUUUGGUGCCGGUACCUUUGCUUAUCAGGUGGAAGGAGCAGCACAUGAGGAUGGGAGGACUCCGAGCGUCUGGGACACCUUUUCUAAUGGAGGUGGAGAUGUCGCAGUUGAUCAGUAUCACAGAUACAAGGAAGAUGUCAAGCUCAUGGCUGAAACUGGGCUGGAGGCCUACAAAUUUUCCAUCUCAUGGUCAAGACUUAUCCCAAAUGGAAGGGGACAUGUAAAUCCAAAGGGCUUAGAGUAUUACAACAACCUCAUCAAUGAGCUUAUAAGCCAUGGUAUCGAAGCACACGUUUCUUUGUUCAAUUAUGAUCAUCCACAAUCACUUGAAGAUGAAUAUGGAGGAUGGAUUAGCCGAAAGAUUGUGAGAGACUUCACAGCCUAUGCCGAUGUGUGCUUCAGAGAAUUUGGUGAUAGGGUUUCAUCUUGGAUUACUAUAAAUGAGCCGAAUGUCUUUGCUCAGGGAGGCUAUGACCUGGGAAUAACACCACCAGGACGAUGUUCUCCUCCAUUUGGAAUCGGUCAUUGCUAUAAAGGCAACUCCUCCUAUGAGCCAUACUUGGCAGCUUAUCAUAUGUUGUUGGCUCAUGCCUCAACUGUAAGACUGUACAGGAACAAAUAUCAGGAUAAGCAACAUGGAGUUAUAGGGGUCACCUUCUUUGCCAUUUGGCUUGUUCCCCUAACUAAUUCAACAGAGGAUGCAGCAGCUACAGAAAGAGCUAAAGACUUCUUCUUUGGUUGGUUUUUAAAUCCCCUGGUGUUUGGAGAUUAUCCGGAAAUGAUGAAGAAAAUUGUAGGCACAAGGCUUCCAGCCUUGACCAAACAAGAAUCCGAAUUGGUUAAGGGAGCAUUUGACUUCAUAGGACUCAUACAUUACACUACAAUUUAUGUCCAGGAAAACUCUGAAAGUCUUAAAUUAGAAACCAGAGAUUUCACUGCAGAUGCAGCAGUAAAUAUGUUUUUGGACAAAGACGAUCCAUUUGUAAUAAUCCCAGAAGAGUUUCCAUUAAGGCCUUGGGGUCUGCAAGCAUUAUUGGAGUAUAUUAAGCAAACUUAUGGCAAUCCUCCUGUUUACAUCCACGAAAAUGGUCAAGUCAGUCCGCAUAAUUCUUCAUUGGAAGACACAUCGAGGGUUAAAUAUCUGAAUGCAUACAUUGGGAGCUUGCUAGAUGCAAUAAGGAAUGGGUCAAAUACAAGGGGGUAUUUUGUAUGGUCUUUUUUAGAUGCAUAUGAGAUACUGGGUAAUGGAUUCGAAAUGAGCUUCGGCCUGUAUUUCGUAGAUGUGGAGGAUCCAGGCUUGAAAAGAAAACCAAAGCAAUCUGCACAUUGGUACUCCAACUUUUUGAAAGGAAAUAUUCAAAUUGAGAGAGAAAAUCUGUCCAAUCCUGCUCGACAACACUUGUCUCAAUAGGUUAAUGAUGUCUGUUAACUCAUUGCUUGUAAGCAAAUUAAUAUGUAACGGUACACGAACAGUAAUUAGCGCCAACAUAAUUUCUUCUGUUAAUGUAUUACAGAAUGUGUAAUAAAACCAUUUCUGUUGUGUUCUUGAGAGUUCCACAAGGGGUUUUUGUUUUAUGAGUGGUUAGAGCCGGGUCCUUCUUUCUUUCUGUUUCUUGAAAAGCUAUUGGCUGGCAAAAUUAAAAGGAAGGAAAGGGAUAAGGAAAGGGAUACUCUGUAAGACCAUAACCAAGCACGUGUGAAAAACUACAAAAUAACAGGUGGGCGGAAUUUGUCUUGUGACAAUUAAUUAGCAUUAAGUAAAGUAUGAUUCUACAAGAA